UAGGUAUUUAACUCGUAAUUAUUUAGAAAAUCAGCAACAUUCGCGCCGAGGCAGAAGCUGCCAAUGCCAAAGUUGAAGCAUUGGAAACCAAGUUGAAGGAGCUCGAACAGGAACAAAUGCAACGCGAACAUGAAAUUAUCUCGUUGACCAACAAGAACAAACACCUCACUGAGGAUCUGGAAGCAGCACAAGAGAAAAUCACGCAGCUCAAGAGUUUGGAAGAUGAGGACGACGAUUUGAAAAAGGAAAACGACGCAGCACAACGCAAGAUCACCUUGUUGGAGCAGGAGCUUGAAUCCUCAGACAAGUCGUUGCGCGAAACCACUAAAAAUUUCCGUGAAGCUGAUGUGAAGGCCGAGCACUUUGAGCGCAAGGUCCAGCAAUUGGAAAACCUGUUGUUUGAGCAGGAAAAGAGAAACGAGGAGCUCAAGACCAAGAACCACGAGCUCCAAACUCAACUUGACGAGUUCAACGCACAGCUCGACGAAAUCUAAAAACAAGAAUAAUAUCAUGUGGUUGACAGCCCAAUCGUAACAUCCAGAAAACACACACAUCCCUAUUUAUAUAUCACACGCAAAGCAUUCCCCAUUAUACUUCAAGAAAGAAAGCAUUCAAAGAAUAAUAAACCAACCUGAACCCACGUUCACGUUUUACAUCUAUCACCCCCUCCUUUUCAUGCUUGUCGUUUCAACUAUUGUUCCUCUCCCAUGUGGUCCAAG